AUGGUUUCCGCCUCCAAGGCCGCCCGUAUGGCGAAGCGCGCCGAAGCUGGCGACAAAAAGACCAAGAAGUCCACUAAGGAGGACGCUGUCGCUGAAGUUGCCAACGGCGAUGAGCAACCCGCGACCACCGAGGCGAAGAUGAAGGAUGUCGAGAAGCUCACCUCACAGAUGGACAAGCACGGUCUGUCCGAUCGUGUCACCACCGGUGUGCUGUCCUCAUUGCCUGCCUCUCGCGACGUCAAGAUCACUUCCGCCUCUCUCGUGUUCCACGGAAAGGUCCUCUUCACUGAUUCUACCCUCGAGCUCAACUUCGGCCGUCGUUACGGUCUUCUUGGUGAGAACGGUUGCGGAAAGUCGACCCUUCUCAAGUCCAUUGCUACUCGCGAGUUCCCCUUCCCCGAACACAUCGACCUGUAUCUCCUGAACGAAGGUGCCCCGAUGACCGACAAGGGUGCUUUGGAGUGGGUCGUUGACGAGGCUCAGGCCCAACUUGACGCCAUGGAGAAGAAGGCCGAGGAGAUUCUCGAGGUUGAGGGUCCCGACAGUCCCAUUUUGGAAGACCUCUACGACCGCAUGGACAAGAUGGAUCCCUCCACCUUCCACACCCGAGCCUCUCUCAUUCUUACCGGUCUUGGUUUCAACAAGGUCACCAUCCACAAGAAGACCAAGGACAUGUCCGGUGGCUGGCGUAUGCGUGUUGCUCUUGCCAAGGCCCUCUUCGUCAAGCCCUCUCUGCUGCUGCUCGAUGACCCCACUGCUCACUUGGAUCUCGAGGCCUGUGUGUGGCUGGAGGAGUACCUCAAGAAGUGGGACCGUACCCUGGUCCUGGUCUCUCACUCCAUGGAUUUCCUGAACGGUGUCUGCACCAACAUGAUUGAUAUGCGCAUGAAGACCCUCCUCUACUAUGGUGGUAACUACGAUUCGUACCACAAGACUCGUGCUGAGCAGGAGACCAACCAGAUGAAGGCCUACACCAAGCAGCAGGAAGAAAUUGCUCACAUCAAGAAGUUCAUUGCCUCCGCUGGUACAUAUGCCAACUUGGUCCGUCAAGCCAAGUCCCGGCAGAAGAUCUUGGACAAGAUGGAGGCCGAUGGUUUCAUUCAGCCCGUUGUCCCCGAUCGCGUCUUCACCUUCCGUUUCGCCGAUGUUGAGAAGUUGCCCCCUCCCGUCAUGUCUUUCGAUGAUGUGAGCUUCUCCUACUCUGGCAACUGGGAUGAUACCCUCUACGAGCAUCUCGACCUCGGUGUGGACAUGGACUCGCGUACUGCUCUUGUCGGUCCCAACGGUGUUGGCAAAUCUACUUUGCUCCGUCUCAUGACUGGCAAGCUCAGCCCCAUCGCUGGUACCGUCAGCCGCCACACCCACUUGAAGCUUGGCGUGUACUCCCAACACUCUGCUGAACAACUGGACUUGACCAAGUCGUCUCUUGAGUUUGUCCGUGACAAGUUCCCCGAGAAGUCCCAGGAUUACCAGUACUGGCGUCAGCAGCUCGGCCGCUACGGUCUGUCCGGCGAGUCUCAGACCGCUAUCAUGGGUACUCUCUCCGAGGGUCAGAAGAGCCGUAUUGUGUUUGCUCUGCUCGCCAUUGAAUCUCCCAACAUGAUUCUUCUUGACGAGCCUACCAACGGUCUCGACAUUCCCACUAUCGACUCCCUGGCUGACGCUAUCAACGCCUACAACGGUGGUGUCGUCGUCGUCUCUCACGACUUCCGUCUGCUUGACAAGAUUGCCAAGGACAUUCUUGUCUGCGAGAACAAGACCGUUCGUCGCUGGGACGGAAGCAUUGGCGCUUACAAGAAGUACUUGCGUGACAAGAUGGUGUCGGCUGGUGCCGUCUAA